CAGAACGCGCACACCUGAGUUACAUUUUCUUAGUUGUCUACGGAAACUCCAAUCACCAAUUUUAUUUUUUUUCGCUUAACUUAUUUUUCUUUUCUUAUUCCGAAAAAAAGAAUGUGAUUUCGGUGGAAAAUAAGUUUUCGCGCCGCAUCAGCGGGGGGAUUUGUGUUCUUAGAAACUUCGAAAUUGUACAACAUCCCUCCUAUGUUGACUAUGAUUUAAUUUACGGAUGAUGUUAAUUAUUCCAUUUCACCAUUUAAUGAAGUCGGUGAUUUAGCGACAGAAAGAUGAUAAUAAAACCUUCUCAUGCCGCCCUAAUCAUACUGAGUGGUCUUGCGGUUUCGUUGGCAACCUCAAUCUUCGAAAAAUGCACGAGUCACGAGCAGUGUCCUUCACACGCUAGAUGUCGCCCUACCGGAUGUGAAGGAUACACAUGUCGGUGUGACGUCAACUAUGUAUACGACAAGCACCAUUCCAGCUGCUUAACAGCACGGAGAAUUGGGCAUUCCUGUAACGGCAAAACCACCAAGUGUCUUUCAAACUUCGCUAUAUGUGCUGACAAUGAAUGUCAAUGUAACGAACUGAUGGAGAAGACGUUAGACGGGCGAUGCAAGGAUCCAGCGUUCAGUGUCUUAGAGGAGUCCUGUCAAAUCAAAGACUGCGCCGGAGGGACGAUCUGUCAGGAGGGCACCUGUGUCUGUCCUGAGCACCUGCGCCAACUGACAGAGGAUGAGUUUUGGGUAGAUCCGAUGAAUACAGAUACCUGCAUUGAUAAAGACUUCUCAAUCCAUCACUGCAACGGAACAAGGAUAGCAAUACCAGAAGGUUUGCUGUCCACGCCCACUCUGCCUAAAGAUACGGCCACUCUGUCCAAAGACACGCCCAUUCUGUCCAAAGACACACCUCCAUCAGAAUCCAGCGUCAUUAAUGUACCCAUGUCGAGCCCCAACAAAACAAAAAUCUACGACAUAUGUUUAACCAAUAAAGAGUGUCCUGUCCAUGCGCAGUGUCGUCCACAGGGUUGUAAGGGGUAUAGCUGUUUGUGCGAUGAAGGUCACAUGGCCACAACAAACAGGUUAUCGUGCGUUAGAGCGGCCAAAGUGAACGAGCCAUGCGACACAAAAAGUAGCUGUAUGUCACCGUUUGCGUUCUGUGACGGAGUGUGUCGCUGCAUGGACGUGUUUAUGCCUACGUCAGACGGACGCUGCAAGCUCCCAGACAUCAGUUUUGUGGGGGAGAAGUGCAGUGCUGAGGAGUGUGAAUACCCGGCCACAUGCGUAGGUGGUGUAUGCCAAUGCGUAGGGGAAUACAGAGCGGUAACACCCGAGGAGUUCUGGAUAGAUCCGACUAAUAUCUGGCAGUGUGCAAAAACCAAUACAUCACUAGACACUUGCAAUGGUCAGGUAGUUAGCUUACCAUCAAUUGUGACGCCAUCAGGGGUCACGGAUAAGACUGAACCAACAUCCAGUAUCACUGUAUCAACAAAACUGCCGCGUACAUCAUCAGAAAAGGGACCAACCACGCCACAUGAUCCCACAACAAGCGUAUCUUCCAUAUUGUCAACGACAGACACCGGUUCUGACAUCACAAACGUUACAGAUGACAGUAAGGGUUCGGGGAAUCAAACCACGUCAACAUCGUCCAUAAAAACUACAACUGUGCGACAGCAAGAGGAGAUAACUACAUCCACGACUUCAAUAAAACAUGACGGUCAAAUGGAUAAUACAGAAUCAGAAAUCGCAUCAACUGAAUAUACGGCAUCGGGUGUAACAAAACAGCAGGAACAGACCACUACCACUGAACGUACGACAGUAACUGGAUCAGAUUUAAACGGUGUAUUUUCCAAAAGUACAGAAGGUUUGACAUCGUCAACUACAUCCUCCCCAAACCCCAAUCAGCGGGCGAUAACUCCAACCAGUUCACCACAAGUCCACACACACACAACAACAUUGGUAGACACAACUUCAGCAAUUACAAUGACACCACAUCAGAAAGAGAAAUCCAAAACAUUAAUAACUUCUUCUGAGACAUCCAAAACAACAAUGAUGACCACGACCGGUAAAUUGGGAACCGUUCCAGCAUUAGAUUCAUCAAUAUCUACAACAUUAAACUCGCUACUGACGGGACUACAUGAAGGAACCUCAACGACAAUGGAAUCAAAGGCACCUGGAAGCUUAGUAACAACAACCAAGUCGUUAGAAAGUACCUCCCUGAAGACCUCAGAUAUCACUAAGUCUUCAAAAGGCACCGCUGAGACUGGAAAUAAAGAAUUAGCUACUGCAGAAGAGGUACUAUUUCAUGAAACCAACAGUAGUCACGCCUCAACGAAAGCUUCAAAUAAGAACAUAUCCAAUUUUCCGUUUGGAUUGGGAGAUCAUGAACACGAUCAUUACCUGUGUGAGUCUCAUUCCUUCAUUUGCUCGGAGAUUCUGUGUAUUCCUUCCUACUGGGUGUGUGAUGGAAAGAAACAAUGUACCGACGGUAGAGACGAAUCACCAGUCAUCUGUAACAGCGAUCGUGUUUGUCCCAGAGAUGAGUACCAAUGUUCUAACUUCCGGUGUAUCCCCGGGUCGUGGCUGUGUGACGGGGAGGAGGAUUGUCCUUACAGAGAGGAUGAAUCCACGGCAGCUGGAUGUUUGACAACAACAAACACAACCUUGACCAACAUCACACUGCAUCCCGAGAAAGAGGACAGAGAACCAGCUGAAAAAAGCUACACGGGCACGGUGGGACUUGGCAGUCUGGAGAGCAUCGCUAUUGCUGCUGCUGCGGGACUGGUUUUCCUGAUCAAUGUGAUAGGAAUCAUUCUAGCCUUCACUAGGCGGAACAGGCGGAAAAAGGAUAAACAACCACCAAGUACGAUACACACGUCAGUGACGUCAUCCGAUGAUACGGAGAGCGGGAAUUUUAAAAUUCCGCGCCCGAAUGUUCUCUAUCCUCCAUAUUAUGUUAAAGAAGACUGGAAUACGUGGAACAGUUCCCACUUCAAUCAAUACACUGAACAAAUGUACGCCAUGGACGAGCACAGCGAUUUCUACCCAGGGUCGUUAAAAUCAGUUUAGUUAGAGGGGCGGCAUGAAACUGAUUUGCUGCUGGAAAGGAAAACCAAGGGUGAUAUACAUGAAUAAGCAAAGCUGAACUUUUAUACUUUGCUGAAUGCAUCUUGUAUUAUUGUGCCUUAAUUGAAAUGGAAAGAACUUGUGAUUUAUAUUUGCAAGAGAGAAGCCAUAGAAGAGAUGUUUUUCUCUGUUUGUAUGCAGGAUCCUCGUCAACUCCAGAGAGGUGUUGACGUGAUAGAGUGUGAUGAUACUCUUUACGGAGAUUUUACAGACCUUUGGUGCUUUGAUGUUGAAGGAUGAAAUAGUUAAUGUUUUGUAAAUUACUAUUAAGUAUUUUGGAUUUGUUGGGAUUAGCUUCAGCAGAGCAAAAAGUUGAAUAAAUGCGAAGUGCCCUCGGGGUUAUGUGACGAUUUGGUGCCUGCUAAAGGCCAAAUGAGCUUUUGUCUCUUAACGUUUAGGAAAACUGCGUAAUGGUCAUGAAGGUUGAGGGACCCAUCUUAUCGGCUAGAUUUUAGAUAUAUGCUGUCUAUGUGUCGCUCUACAUACAAUAUUUGAGUGAUGCAUUUUGCUUUAAACAAUAUACAUUUUGUAUGUAGCUAUAGCAUCUUUACAAAUUGCAUUGUGCAUGUUAGUUAUUCACUUUGUUUUAACUUGAGAAUCAUUCAUAGGUUAUCGUUGCUCGAUAAUCGUAUCCACUGAACAUGAGUUUUAAUAACUCUUUAAGUGUUGUUGUGAUGGGCGCUAGAUUCCAGAUCUAUCUACUUCUUCAGACUCGUGUUUCUGCUUAAGGAAAUUUCAAUAAUAGAUACUAUUUUGUAGAUAUAUGAACUGUAUGUGUUGGGUGUAUAUUUCAUUUUUUUUGUUAAUUUAUUUCUCUUUGUAUUUGAGUAUUUUGUGAUAUGUUAUAUACAAAAUAUCUUUCUGUGUGGUUGAUAACUCCCCGUCUAUGUCUUGUAUCUAUUAAUUCGUUUUUGUACAUAUCAUAAUUCUUAAAGAUUUUUUUUCAAUCUGAAAGAAAGUUUGAAAUGUUCAUUUUUUGUUCAUGUAAAUCCCAGUACUGGACUGAAUUUGUUUGGAUUUGUUUGUUUGUUUUGCAUCCGGGGAUUUCGGGGGAGGGUCUCAAACAAUGGAGGGUAGAAAUAUCAUACCAUCUAUGGUGGUUAUGAUAAGAGGACAAUAUUGGUAGGUUUAUCGUAUGUCUCAUAUCGUUCAAAACGCAAUGGUAGUUUGUAUUCUCGUUCACUGAUCCAAGAUCACGUUUAGAUGCUAUCAUCUUGUAAGGGAUUUCUGCAUUGUGUGUAUGGCGAAGUCUUAAAAAAAAGAAUUCUUGGGGGAAUGAAGCAAUAGUUAGUCUCACUUCAUGAUUUUGUACAAUUUUUCGUUUGUUUACAUUUGUUUUCAGGAAAUACAGGCGUCAUUUAUAAUAAAUAUAACAUGCAAUAUCAU